GCCGCGGCCGCCUUCGCCUACGCUCGUUGCGCAACGCCGGCUCCUCGCGCAAGGAGCGCGGAGCUUCGCGGCUGCAGCGUACGGAGUUGGCGCAGGGGGCGCCGUCGGCGUACUCCGGAAGCGGGCGGGGGAUGAGUGUGCUGUUUUGAGGGAGGCGGCGCGCGGCCGGCAGCCAUGAGCUACGACCGGGCCAUCACCGUCUUCUCUCCGGACGGGCACCUCUUCCAGGUGGAGUACGCCCAGGAGGCGGUGAAGAAGGGCUCUACGGCGGUUGGAGUCAGAGGGAAGGACAUCGUUGUUCUCGGCGUGGAGAAGAAGUCUGUGGCAAAACUUCAGGAUGAAAGAACUGUACGGAAGAUCUGCGCCCUGGAUGACAAUGUCUGCAUGGCUUUUGCAGGGCUCACAGCUGAUGCCAGAAUAGUUAUAAACAGAGCUCGUGUGGAAUGUCAGAGCCACAGACUCACCGUGGAGGAUCCAGUCACUGUGGAGUACAUCACGCGUUACAUCGCCAGCCUGAAGCAGAGGUACACUCAAAGCAACGGUCGCAGGCCUUUUGGAAUCUCUGCUCUGAUCGUGGGAUUUGACUUUGAUGGAACCCCCCGGCUGUACCAGACCGACCCCUCUGGCACGUACCAUGCUUGGAAGGCUAAUGCCAUUGGCAGAGGAGCUAAAUCUGUACGUGAAUUCCUGGAGAAAAACUACACUGAUGAAGCCAUUGAAACAGAUGAUCUGACUAUUAAGCUUGUCAUCAAGGCUCUUCUUGAGGUUGUGCAGUCUGGGGGGAAGAACAUCGAGCUGGCUGUUAUGAGAAGAGAUCAGCCCCUGAAGAUUCUAAGCCCUGAAGAAAUUGAGAAGUAUGUUGCUGAAAUUGAAAAAGAAAAGGAAGAAAAUGAAAAGAAAAAACAGAAGAAGACAUCAUGAUGAACCAAAUUCGGCGCCUGCUUAGCUGCUUCUUUUUAACUGAAGCAAAGGGUUGUUCUGUAUAGACAAGAUGUAGGCAUUCCGUUUAUUCAUACUGUGCCCCUCUGGAGACCUACAAUAAACCUACUGAUUUUUUUUAAGCUCUUA